CUGACUGCGGGGAGCAGCAGAACAGAACCAGCAGGGCAGGAGGAAGGUUCCGAUCGUCUCUGGGAGCUGAACUUUAGUCAGGAUGAAGCUGUGGCUGCUGGUUCCGAUGCUGUCCCUCACGCUGAUUGUCUGCACGGCCAAGUCUCCGUACCAGACGGUUCUACAACACAGCCGGAUCCGCGGACGGCAGCAGGGGCCCAAUGUCUGUGCCAUGCAGCUGGUGCAAGGAACCAACAAGAAAUACUUCACCAACUGCAAACAGUGGUACCACCGGAAGAUCUGCGGCAAACCCACGGUCAUCACCUACGAGUGCUGUCCAGGUUAUGAGAAGAUUCCUGGGGAGAAGGGCUGUCCUGCUGCGCUGCCUCUGGUGAACAUCUACAACACGCUGGGCGUGGUCGGAGCCUCCACCACUCAGAUGUACUCUGAACGGGCCAGGCUGAGGGAGGAGGUGGAGGGUCCGGGGAGCUUCACCUUCUUCGCUCCGAGCAACGAGGCCUGGGCGGCGCUGCCUGCGGAGAUCCUGGACGCUCUGGUGAGCAACGUGAACAUCGAGCUGCUGAACGCUCUGCAUUACCACAUGGUGAACCGGAGGCUGACCUCCGAGGAGCUGAGGCACGGAUCCUCGUUCUCCUCCAUGUACCAGGACUCCAACGUCCACAUCCACCACUACAGCAACGGGAUCAUCACGGUGAACUGCGCCCGGCUCAUCAAACCCGACCAGCACGCCACCAACGGCAUCGUGCACGUCAUCGACCGCGUCAUCACCGCCGUCUCCAACGACGUGCAGUCCAUCAUCGAGAUCGACGACGACCUGGAGACGCUCCGCACAGCCUUGGCUGCUGCGGGCCUGAACGCCAUGCUGGAGGGCCAGGGCCAGUUCACCGUCUUCGCUCCGACCAACGACGCCUUCGCCAAGAUUCCCCGCAGAACCCUCAACAGGAUCCUGGAAGACCCCGUGGCUCUGGGAGACCUGCUGAACUACCACAUCCUGAGGCAGCUGCACUGUUCCGAGUCCAUCGUGUCGGGGAACCCCAUGGAGACGCUGCAGGGAACCUCCCUGGAGGUCGGCUGUGACGGAGACCAGAUGACGCUGAACGGGAAGGCCAUCGUCACGAAGAAGGACCAGCUGGGAACCAACGGAGUCAUCCACUACAUCGACGAGCUGCUCAUCCCAGACUCAGCGAAGACGCUCCUGGAGCUGGCUGAGGGCUCGUCUCUCUCCACGGCCACCAGGCUGUUUGUGGACGCCGGACUCUCGCCUCACCUGGAGGGCUCCGAGGCCCUGACCAUGCUAGCCCCUCUGAACAACGCCUUCAAAGGAAGCGUGACGAUGACUCCUGACAUGAGGAAGCUGAUGAAGAACCACAUCCUGAAGCAGCAGCUGUCCUCCAAGUCCCUGUACCACGGGCAGGAGCUGGAGACGCUGGGAGGCCUGAAGCUGCGAGUGUUUGUCUACAGAAACAACCUCUGCAUUGAGAACGCUUGCAUCGCUGCCCACGACAGAACCGGCCGCUACGCCACCAUGUUCACCAUAGACAAGGUCCUGACUCCGCCCAUGGGGACGCUCAUGGACGUCCUGAAGGCCGACGACCGCUUCAGCCAGCUGGUCGGCGCCAUCCAGACUGCCGGCAUGACGGAGCUGCUCAACCAGCAGGGGGCGCUCACCUUCUUCGCUCCCACCGACGAAGCGUUCAGGGCGAUGCCGCCGGCCGAGCUCAGCCGUCUGAUGAGGAACCCGCAGCAGCUGGCAGGUGUCCUCAGGCUGCACCUGGGGGAGAGCCUGCUGGUGAGCGGGGGGGUCAGCUCUCACACCCGUCUGCGGCCUCUGCAGGGCGACCACCUGGAGCUGGGCGUGAGGAACUACACCGUCUACGUCAACAAGGUUCCUGUGGUGGACGCCGACCUGAUGGCGACUAACGGAGUCGUUCACGCCGUCAACAGCAUCAUCAAACCUCUGGCUCCAAAGGUAGACAGGGAGCAGGCAGACGGACCUGCAGCUGCUUCGUCUGCAGUGGACUCCAGGAGAUUCAAGAACGAUGAUCUGUUUGAGAAGGUCCUGAGGAGUCGCUCCAGCAGAACCAUGAACAAGAGUCAGUAACGAGGAAGGCGGCGCUCGGUGACUCCCAGCAGGACUGAUUCCCCGGUUCUGACUCCAGUUGGCUGUAGAAACCGAGUUGGGUCUUUGUAAAGUGUUGUUCUGCAGAAUGUUGGCGGGUCGCAGCUCCGGACCCACGAUUUUGUAAAAUAAAGCUGAAAGUGAGACUCCUCUA